UUGCUUUUACUUUUUAAUCGUUUGGGUCGCGGGGAUACACAGCCUUGUCCUAUGCAAAACACUGUGAUUUGUCGAUCUAUCGCGUAUGCCGCUCAGACAUUUAAACGUAACCGUGCUGCGCGCAUCAGAAGAUUUGCAAGGAGGCAAAUGAAGCUGAGGGAAGAGUUUGCUGCUUUACUAACCGAGUACAAUUCCCGUUCAUCAACAAGGACCAUCUGGAUGCAGCAGAGAUAUGGUGUGUGGUGGGAACACGUUUUCACAAGCUGGACGGACACUGAAUGGAGGAUCAAUUUCAGAAUGAGAAAGACAACGUUCUUGGAAUUGUGCAACAUCCUUCGGCCAUACAUUCAUAGAGAAACAACAACUUUCAGGAAACCAGUGCCGGUGGAACAGCGUGUGGCGAUCAGCAUCUGGAGACUAGCCACAAACGUAGAGUUCAGGACCAUAGCCCAUUUAUUUGCAAUUGGACAGUCAACUGCUGUCACUAUUGCUAAUCAUGUUGCAUCAGUAAUAGUGGACAAGUUGCUGCCCCUUUAUAUCCGGACACCCUCAGUGGAUGAAGUGCAGAUCAUAAUUCAGGGCUUCCGUGACCGGUGGGGAUUCCCGCAAUGUGGAGGUGCUAUUGAUGGUACUCAUAUUGGGAUCUUGGCUCCACCUGACUGCCCAGCAGACUAUAACAAUCGUAAAGGUUUUUACUCUGUCAUCCUGCAGGGUGUGGUUGACCAUCGACUUCGGUUUUGGGACAUAAAUGUGGGUUGGCCGGGCAAAGUCCAUGAUGCACGAGUGUUUGGCAAUUCAUCACUGUUUGAAAGGGGUCAGAGUGAUACACUGUUUCCUAAUAUCAAAGAAAGGUUUGCUGGUGUAGACGUACCAAUUGUUAUUUUAGGGGAUGCAGCAUAUCAGUUGUUGCCAUGGUUAAUGAAGCCAUAUCCAGAAACACAACAAACAACCCCUGCACAGAUAACCUUUAACAACCGACUAAGCAGAGCACGGAUGACUGUUGAGAGGGCAUUCGGUCUUCUUAAGGGAAGAUGGAGAUGUUUAAUGAAGCGCUAUGACUGCCAAAUUGAUAACAUCAAUACUGUAAUCUCUGCUUGUUGUGUGCUUCACAAUUUUUGUGAAAGUAAUGAUGAGGAAUAUGAUGACAGAGACCUUCGUGUUCAUGAAGAUUUUGAGUCUCGUGAAUGUAACCCUCUUAAUUCCAACACUAUGUCAGGUGCCUAUCGAGAUGCACUAUGUUCAUAUUUUGCAAAUCUGUAAUGCUUUUUGAUCCUUUGUUGCUUGUUUUGUAUUGUGCUCGUGAUAAAUAAAUAGUGUCUAUUCCAAUUACAUUGUCAUGCUUUUUAAUCCUGUAUAUUAUUGUGUUGUCUCCAUGCAACAUGGCUUAUUUAUUUUUGCUUUACAUUGAUUGGUCAAUCCUAUCUUAAAGGGACACUUCACCUAUUUGCAUUAAGCUUUGUAUAGUUAGAACCCCAGUCAUGUUUUGGAAUGGUCAUCAACAUUUCGUUGCCCCUGAGACAGGAGAAAUACAGAUUUCAGUGUUGCACUUCUUUCAAUGAUGUAAAAAUCAUAAUUUUGCAUCAUUGAAAGAAGGAAGUCCAAUAUCUUUGUUGAUGGGGUGAGACUACAAUCACCCCUUUUCUCGGUCAGAUAGGCACCAAAUUCUAAAUGUAUGUUACAUUUCGACUACAGAUAUGAUACACUUUCAAUAAAGAUUGUUUCUAUGGGUGAAA